GUAGCUGCUCCUUUCGACUACGUCUGCUCCCUUAAGUCCAAGGGCGUACGCAAUAAGCUCAUUGCGGCGCUGGACGUUUGGAUACCCUCGCCCCCCGCGGUCUUGGAAUCCGUCAUGUCCGCCGUGGCAGACGUACACAACACUUCCCUAAUGCUGGAUGAUGUACAAGACGGCUCGCCGCUCCGCCGCUCAUCCCCGGCUACUCACACCAUCUUUGGGAUGCCACAGACUGUGAACUCGGCCGUUUACCAAACAGUCAACACGAUCGAGCGGGUUUUGGCCAGCGGCAAUUUGCGGAUGGUGAACGAGCUAGUUUCGGGAAUGAAGACGUUGCUGAUCGGGCAAGGGCUCGAUCUGCUAUGGACAUGGGAGGUUUCGACACCGUCACUCGAGGAAUAUCUACAAAUGGUCGACAGCAAAACGGGCGCGCUGUUCCUCAUGAUUCACAGACUCAUGGCGGCCGCAUCACCCGGCGCCGACGUGGAGCCGGCAUUGGACAGGCUGAUGCUGUUGCUCGGGCGCUAUUUCCAAAUACGCGACGACUACGCCAAUCUAGCGUCGCCCGAUUACUCAAAGUCGAAAGGCUUCUGCGAGGACCUGGACGAAGGCAAGUGCAGCUUCAUGAUGCUGCACGCCAUGCGCAACGCCGAGCCUCGUUCGCGCACGAUCCUGAAGAACAUGCUGCUACAACGGCACAAGGCGGGCUGCGCUGGCGUGGGCCACAAGGAGGCGAUUCUGUCCAUCUUGAAGGAGGCCGGGUCGCUCAAGUUCACGAUCGAGAUGCUCCGUGAAAUGGAGGUUGCUCUGAUCGCGGAGCUUGAGAGCGUCGAACGGAUCACCGGGAUACAGAACCCGAUGCUAAGGGGCAUACUGACGGCUUUAAAGGUAUAG